CCCAUCCCAUCGUGUCCCAUUCAGUUUCACCCCCUUGCCCCAUUAAUUCCGUCCUGCCCCAUUAAUUUCACCCUGCCCAUCCUGUCCCAUCCAUGUCCCGUCCCUUUCUGUCCCAUCCUCUUCCAUCCUGUCCUGUCCCACGCUGUCACAUUGUCUCACCCCAUCCCCUCCCAUCGUGUCCCAUCCUGUAUCAUCCACCCUACCCCAUCAAUCCUUUUCUGCCCUGUCCCAUUCCAUCCUGUCCUCUUCCCAUCCCAUCCACCCUGUUUUGUCCCAGCCUGUCCUCCCCUGUCCCAUCCCAUCUCUUUCCAUCCUGUCCUAUCUGCCUUGUUACAUCCCAUCCCAUCUCAUCCCAUCCCAUCUAUACUCUGAUUUCUCACACUAUCUUGUCCCAUCCCAUCCAUCCUAUUAUGCUCUGAUCCCACCCCAUCUGUCCUGUCCCAUCUUGUCUCAUCUCAUCUCUUUCCCUCCAGUCCUAUUCUAUCGUGUCCCAUCCUAUCCAUUCCACCACAUCCCGUCCAUUCUGUCCCAUCUGUCUCAUCCCAUCCCAUCCAAUCCAUUAUUUCUGAUCUCACAUCCUGUCUUGUCCCAUCCCAUCUUAUCACAUCCCAUCCCAUCUCAUCCACCCUUCCCCAUCAAUUCUACCUUACCCCAUCCAUCCCAGACCAUCACAUUCUAUCCCAUCCCCUUCCAUCCCAUCCCCUUCCAUCCCAUCCUUUUCUGCCCCAUGUUUUCAUGUUCUCUCACCCCAUCCCAUCCAUCACAUCCCAUGACAUCCAUCCCAUCCAUUUCAUUAUAUCCCAUCCAUUCUGUCCCAUCCCAUCCAUCCUCUCUGAUCUCCCUGCCUUGUCCCACCCCACUCAUCCUGCUUUAAUGCUCUCUCAUCCUCCCCAUCCCAUCCAUCUUAUUCCCAUCCCACCACGUCCCAUCCUAUUUCAUCUACUUUGCCCCAAUUCUAUCCUGCCCCAUUCCAUCCUGCACCAUCCUGUCCUGUCCCAUGCUGUCACAUUCUCUCACCCCAUUCCAUCCCACCCCAACCCAUCUGUUCCAUCCCAUCACAUCCAUCCUGCUCUUUCCCAUCCCAUCCCAUCCUAUCCCUCCUCAUCUCAUCCCGUCCCGUUCCCUCCUGCCCUAUCCUAUCCUUACAUCCCACCCCACAAUCUUCCAUCCUUUCUGUCCCACCUGUCUCACCCUAUACUAUUCUAUUCCAUCCCAUCUUGUCUCAUUCUAUCCAGCUCAUCAUAUCCCAUCUCAGCCAUUCCGUCCCACGUGUCCCAUCCUGUUCCAUCCCAUCCCAUCCCAUCCAUACUGUGAUCUCUCACACUGCCUUGUCCCAUCGCAUCCUCCCACCCCAUCCUAUCCCAUCUGUCUCCUGUUAUCCCAUCCCAUCCACAAUCUGAUCUCUCACAUUUUGUCCCACCCCAUCCAUACUGUGAUCUCUCCCACCUCAUCCCAUCCCAUCCAUCCUGUCUCAUCAUGCUCUUGCCCCCUCCCCUCCAUCUUACUCCCAUCCCAUCUACCCUACCCCAUCAAUUCCCCCCUGCCCCAUCCCAUCCUGGCACGGCUGCGUGCUCCCAGCCCCAUCCGUCCCCACUGUGCACAAAGCCUUGUUCCUGCUCCUGACUUUGGAGACCCCCGCCAUGGGCUGACAGUGAGGGGCAGUCAUGACACCAGGCGUGAGGAUGGGCGCCAUCCACAAACCCUCAUCAGCCAGAGAGGGCUGAGGACAAGGCCACCACUGCUGUCCCACGUCCCACUGCCAACCAGGAAGGAUGGGGCAACGUUGCUCAACCCUGGGCCGGCGGGAUGGGAUGGCUGCCAGAGGCAGCAGGAGCUGGGCAGCCACCCAGGAGCUGCUCCCGGGUGGGACAAGGAGGAAACGGAGCUUCCGCUGCAGCCACUGCCAACAACAGCCUACAAGCAGGGCCCUGGGACUGCCAGCCUGCAGCACUGCAUCACGGGGAGAGGAGACCACCGUGAAGGGGACACACGGCAGUGGGGCGGCCCAGUAGGGCGACACAGGGCACACAGUGAGGGCAGUGCUGGAGAUCCAGCAGGGUUGAUGCACCUCUGGCUGUGCCAGCAGCGUUCAAGGUGCAGCCUUGGCUUCGCUUGUGCGGCUCGGUGGAGAUGCAGGUAACCAGCAGGCAGGUGCAGCACUGAGAGAGGGGCAAACAGGGC